GAGACAUCAGAGAGGAGGGAGAAGUCGGCUCUCAGCUGAGCAGCCGUAGUUUUGUGUAGCUGCCAGUGUGAGGAUUUUUGGCUCCAUCGCGUUACAGGGCAGCCUUACAUCUUCGGGCAGUGGGACAAUAAAUUCCACUGCUGCUGGACUGCACCAGGAGUCAGCUGACGGGGAAAAACAGAGAGGAAGCAGUGUAAGAGAGAUGAGAAGGUAGGAGAGGAGGGGAGGAUCUUGAAGCAGCAGGAAAGGGGCUGGGCUUUGCUGACAAUGCCUCUCGCCAGUAAGGACUACAGCAACGCUCACGCUGACCUGUGGACUUUGUGCUCAGGGUUCAGCGUUUAGCGCUGGCUGCUUGCAAGAGGCCACACACCGCAUGGUGACUUUUUCUUGAGCCGGUCAUCAGCAGAGGAGCUGCCAUGCAGAAUGUACCGGAGGAGUGGAGGGAAGAACGGGAUGAGAGAGCAGGAGGUGGGAGGAUGGGGGAGAUGUCAGUCAAGAGGAAAGGGGAUUCAGAAUACAGUGAAGAGAUGAAGGGAGAGUGGAAGAAGAAUGGAGGCACAGGUGGUGACGAGCCGGAGAAAGAGUCACUGAUGAUGGAGCUGACAAGGCUGGUGCAGAAGAUGGUGAAAGAAAGCAGCUGGUGGGAGAGGAGGGGGAUCGACUGCAGCAUCCUGGCAGCAGCAUUCCUCUGUUUGCCACCUGCCUUCCUGCUGCUGAGCUCCUCUCAGAUCCUGUGGUUUUCAGCGGGCAUGCUGCUGAUGGGUGUGGCUCAUGCUGUCAUCACCAUCAAAGGGACACAUCUGGCCAGCCACGGGGCGCUGAGUGAGUCGCAGGCCUGGGGAAAGUUCUGGGCCGUCUUCUUCAUUGAGAUUUGUGGUUCAUUCUCAGCGCAAGUCGGUGUUCAGGGCCACAUUAAGAUGCAUCAUGCUCAUACUAAUGUCAUUGGACUCGGGGACUCCAGCGUAUGGAAGGUCCCCUUCCUGCCUCGCACUGUCUACCUGUUCAUAGCUCCCCUGGCCAUGCCUAUCAUCACGCCACUUGUUGCACUCGCUCACCUCAAAGGACACUCUUUGGCUCUCGUCGUUAGGACCAUCCUGAUGGUAACACUGGGCCUGUAUUCACAGUACUGGCUGCUGAUCCACGUCUCCGGGUUCCUGUCAGCUCACAGCGCUUUGCUCUGCAUGCUUGUAUGCAGAGCAAUGUUCACUGUGCCGUAUAUCCAUGUCAACAUUUUCCAGCACAUUGGCCUCCACAUGUUCUCUCCGACCCGCCGACCAAAGAGGAUCUACCAGAUGACCCACGGGGUCCUGAACCUGCCGCGUAACCCCCUGCUGGACUGGAUUUUUGGACACUCACUUAUUAACUGCCAUGUGGAGCACCAUCUCUUCCCCUUCCUGUCUGAUAACAUGUGUUUAAAGGUGAAGCCUGUUGUGUCCAAGUAUCUGACUGAAAAGCAGCUUCCAUACCAGGAGGACAGCUACCUCUCCCGCCUGCACCUUUUCUUCCACAAAUACCAGGAACUGAUGGUGUUUGCCCCGCCGAUCACAGAGCUGGUGGGAGUGCAGUGAUGAAGAAGCAGUAAAGGAGAAAAACUCUUCAGACUAAUGACUGCUGCUGCUGAAAAGCACAAGCUUCAGUGUUUAAGUGCAUUUGACGUGUUACAGCCUCCACAGUACAGGUUUGAAUAGUCUCUAACAUACAGAAUUUUAAUCAAUAACACAUCAACACAUUAAAGAUGUAUGUAGUUUGCUUUGAUAUUAGGAGCUAAAUUCUCGUGAUUGAUUAAAUGAAUGAAUAUCCUACACUUUUAAUUUUAAAUUUAAUACAUACACAUAAUACAAUUUAAUACAUAGCACAAAGAUAAGCGCACAACCAAAAGCUGACUUGAUUGGGUUUAAUUGGUGCUGCAUUAAAAGUCACAGUGGGAGAUUAAUCACAGCUUUUGAACUGACCUGGGGUCUGUCUCAUGAAGAAAAUUCAACUUAGUGAGGCUCUCUUCGAGGUAUCUGCUGGUCCUGGAUAACUGGUUUCACAAAGAUGGUAACCAACCGCCUCCUAUAACUCUGGAUUUAACAGUAACAUGCAACAUCAAGAGAUUCAGAGGAUCAUAUUUUAUGAGAUAUGAAGAAAUUGUUUAUUCCCAGUGGGAAAGUCAUUCACUGCAGCAGGAAAAAAUAAGAAUUCACGAAGGUAAAAGUUACAGAAACUAAGCACAACAGUUGAAUAUAAAAAAACAGCAAUAGCUACUAAAUGUGAUAUAAAUUACUGUAAAUUUACAGUAUCUUAUGGGCUUUAAUACACUUUUUUAGUACAGUAAGUAUAAUUUAUUGACAUUCUUCAGAGCUAAAAAUCAAACCAAUCAAAAUAUUGUGCUUUAAUGCUGAAAACGUGUGUUUUCGUGGUCGUCAUGAAUAGUAACAUAAUAUAUAACCUUUAAAGGAAUAGUUCAGAGGUUUUUUCAGAUUUGUUUCUCCCUGCGUCUGGUCUAUACGUUAAGCUAGGCUAAUCACAGCCUGGCUCCAGCUCAAAAUGUCAAACUAUUCCUCGUAACAGUAUUUGUUUUGGAUGUAGAGAGCAGCACUGCAGACUUUUACUGAACUGAAAAAUACUGAACAAAACUAGGUAACUGGUAACUAACGCUGCAGCUGGCUAACCCACUGAUCCUGCUUUGUGAGACAGGUCCCUGUUUCCGUAGUGACAGAUGAUGGUGCUGUUGUUGUCAAUACACACGUUUAAUUCGCUGUAUCCUCAUCUCAAAGGCACAUCCGUGACUGCACUGUAGCUACAGUACAUAAGGAGAGGUGUCUCUGUGUGUUUUUCUAAUAAUAAAUUUUAACAUUUAAUUUUCA